CACAUGUCCGAAUUCUAACAAUUCCGACACCACCACCUCGGUCAAGCAUGUCAUAAAAUUCUUUGAAUAUUUAUUAUCACAACCAAAAUAACUCGUCCAACUAUAAAUUAUUCGCUCAAAAAACCAUUCGACAUAUCACCCGAAAAAAAAAAAAAAAUGGAAUUUAAUCACCACCAUCAUCGCCGCCAUCUAGCCAUGCCAAUCCUUAUUACCACGGUCAUCUUCUCCACUUUUCUGACAGCUGUCAGCGGCGGCGGCCAUUCCUCAACCCUAGAAUUAGAGCUCCUCCACGCCCCCCCGGCGGACCCCCGCCUCUCAUGGCCGGACUCCGUCCUCCAGAUGCAGUCCAACGACGCCGCCCGCCUUCGCCACCUCUACAGCCUCCUCGCCGUCGUCCCGGUGGCCUCCGGCAGGGCCGUUACUCAGAACCCGACUUACAUUGCCAAGGCCAGCCUCGGCACUCCGCCGCAGACCCUGUUUGUCGCCGUCGAUACCAGCAACGACGCCGCCUGGGUCCCCUGCGCCGGCUGCGUCGGAUGCUCCGCCGUCGCCUUCGAUCAUGCUAAGUCCAGUACCUUCAAAACUGUUCCCUGUGGCGCCACGCAGUGUAGUCAGGUGCCAAAUCCGAGCUGCGGCGGCGGCGCCGCCUGCGGGUUCAACCUGACAUACGGCGGCUCCACCAUUGCCGCCGCCCUAGUGCAGGACAACAUAACCCUAGCGACGGACACCAUCUCCGGCUACACCUUCGGCUGCAUCCAGGCCGCCACAGGCACGUCCGUACCGGCCCAAGGUCUAUUGGGCCUGGGCCGCGGCCCAUUAUCCCUAAUCUCCCAAACCGCCUCUCUCUACCAGUCCACAUUCUCCUACUGCCUUCCCGCCUACAAGUCCCUCAACUUCACCGGCUCCCUCCGGCUCGGCGCCGCCGCCCAGCCGCCGCGCAUCCGGACCACCCAACUGCUGAAAAAUCCGCGGCGGUCGUCGUUCUACUACGUCAAUCUCGUCGGAAUCAAGGUCGGCCGCCGCGGCGUCGCCGGAAUACCGCCGGCGGCUUUCGCGUUCGACCCCAACACCGGCGCCGGGACGAUUUUCGACUCCGGCACGGUGUUCACGGUGCUGGUGAAGGCGGCGUACGUGGCGGUGCGGGACGAGUUCCGGCGGCAGAUGGGGAACGCCUCCGUGUCGGCGCUGGGAGGGUUCGACACGUGCUACACCGUGCCGAUCACGGUGGCGACGAUGACGUUUAAGUUCGCCGGACUGGAUAUGAACCUCCCGCCGGAGAAUUUUCUGAUCAGGAGCAGCGCCGGAACCACCUCUUGCCUGGCCAUGGCCGCCGCGCCGGACGCCGGAGUAAACGCCGUGCUGAACGUGAUCGCGACUUUCCAGCAGCAGAACCAGCGCGUGCUCGUCGACGCGCCAAACGCUAGGCUCGGCGUCCGCCGCGAGCAGUGCAGCUGAGCCGAGCCGAGCCGGGAGGUUUGAGGUUUGAUGGAUGGAUUAUAAUUAACUGUGGUGACUUGGAAAUUACUGUUUUUAAUAAUGAUGAUGAUUAAAAGAAGAAAUGUUGUGAGCCGGAUUUUGUCAAAACCGGACUGGAAAAUGAGUUGAUGGGCCUAAGAAAAUUUUAUGAGUCUAAUAGUUUGGGCUGUUUUUCGUUUUUUUCUUUGAAAUCUGAAUAAUAAAUUAUCUUUGACAUG